AGUUUGUUAUUAGUUGAGUUCGUGUAAACGUCAAAUAAUCAUUUUUGAUUUUCCAAAUACCAGAACACGUCUGGUAAUUUAAUUUUUCGAAACGGCUUUAACGAUAUAAUCAAUCCUUGUUGAAAAUGAGUUUGUCCGAAUAACAAUUGAAGUGCAGUGAUAACUUUCGAGACUGUUAUGGCAGAAGAUUGCACGGUAGUGCGAUUUUCAAGGGAUUCGUCUCUUGCUAAAAUCGAAAAUUUAAAACAAGGGGAAAAUCCGGAUAAAUUUUCGGAAUGCGGCCGUUUCGGAGCUUUUUAUGUUGUUUGUAUCGCUCUAUCGAUCAUAACCUACGUCCUAGAUUUAGUGCUAGCUUGCAUUUUGUUAUAUUUUUAUUCAAUUAACGGUUAUGGGUUAUAUUUCGCCCUUACGUUAACUUUUUUUAUUAUUCCCGCUAUUAUUAUGACCACCAUUAGUUUCCGAUGGUAUAUCGUAGACCACGACGACCCAUCAUUAGAUCGUAUCUCAGUAUCUCAAUGGGUUAUAAGAAUUAUAUUCCUCUUGAUACAACUCUCGCCCUUAUUGAGGUAUAUAGAUACGAUGAUCUACGGUAUCCGAAGCAAAAUAGCUGCUUCUACAGGCAACGAGUCGAAACAAACACUUUUGUAUCGUCGUAUGUUGGACGAAGAUACUAACAGCGCCCUCUUACGACUGUUUCACUGUUUCUUACACGCGGCACCACAAGCUAUACUACAGCUAGUGAUUUUGCUCACUCAUGUUGCUCACCCCGAAAAGUACCGCUUGAAUAUUAAUUUAGCAGUACUUCAAGCAUGGACAGUAUUAGUAGCUCUCAUGUCGAUAGCUUGGUCUUUGACAUCUUACCACAGAUCAGUCCGGUAUGCCAGGGAUGACAAGGAUAAAAUGAAAUGGCCUGGUAUUUUAAUGGCUUUCUGUUGGCAACUCAUGAGUGCAUUAUCUCGAGUGUUGGCUUUGAGCUUGUUGGCCUCGAUCUUCCCGGCGUGGAUGGGCUGUGUAUGCGCUCUCCAUUGGGGAGUAAUGUCCAUCUGGUUGGCGUUAGGACAACACCAAACGGCCGCCUGCGGCAGCCGUUGCGAAGAACUCCUUUUGUCCACAGCCCUAGGUCUGGCUUACGUUCUAGCCUUCAUAUCUCCCAGAGACGGACCCACCAGAUACGUAUAUUUGGCUUAUUAUCUGGUAUGUUUUAUGGAAAAUACGGCGGCUCUAGUUGUAUGGUGCGUCACGAACAAUUCAGUCGAUAAUCCCGUUUUGUAUUACGGAGCGGCCGGCGGACAGAUAUUCACUUUUUUGCUGGGGAUAAUAUUUUUGCUCGUCUAUUACAAGUGUUGCCAUCCCUCUUUGGUGAACAGGUCGAAAAUACCCAGCGUCGAUUCGGAUUUUCUCGAAACCGAACGGCCCGGUUACAGCAAAUCUUAUAAUUUGAGGCCGAGAUCUUGAUCUUUGGUUUACGUCUAAAAACACUUAAUCGUUUUAUAAAUAUUUAUAUUUUAUACCGAAAUGGCAGUAUCUACCGAUAAGUGAUAUUUGAUAAAUUGAAGGUUUUUACCUAAUUUAUACUAAUUGUAAAUCGUUCAAGAACGUAACAAGAAGAAUAUUCAUGUUUUAUUGAAACCUCGACAGGUAUGGUGGAAACCUGGUGACACAAUAGCCGUUUAAGGGUAGUUUGGUCAGAUAUUUGGUACAGUUUGACCCCCUAGAUGCUCAAAUAAUACUUAUUUAGCAUAAUGGUCUGCUUAAGAUCGGUAUAUUUGCGCUAAUUGAUGUUUAAUUGCACUGCUAUAAGAUCUAUGGUGCCCCUUUCAGUUCUAAUCGACUCACACUAACCGUACUGACUCCAACGGUAUUAAAUUUCCACUCCUAUAGGUCCGAAGCAUCCCUUGGA